AUGUCUGUUUUCGAACCAAAUCGACUGAUUCUAAUAGUUGCUCAGAACUUCCGAUACGGUCGUAAACUCCGUUUUAUGAAGUCAUUUCAAAUCGAAUUGAUGUUUAUCGUCGAAGGGGUGGCCUCACGAGUAGCGAUAACCUAUAUUUGUCUGAUGUCUGGAUCACCAAAAGUUGAAGGACGAUUCCGUCUUGACGUCAGCACUGCUGGAGAUGACAUCGGCGCUUCCUUUGCAGUCCGCAAUAUUAACAAGCAGUACCCAAUUGAUAAUGUAGUGGACACCGUUGUUGAAGCUGAUCUCGUCCCUUAUCGAUAUCAAGUCGGUUCCAAAUUACGACGCGCCCUACACGACCAAGACAGGCGUGAGACUGAAGAGGCAAAACAAUUGAAAACCAAAAGCAAAUUGUGAAG